AUGGAACUCAGACGUCUUUGGACACAUAGGAAAAAGGAAAAAAUCUUAUUGGCACGACUGAGAAUAAUAGACAAAGCCCUACAACGAACACACUCAGAAUUUCUGGUAGAGUUGGAUAAACAAUUGAGGUCAGAACUCGACACUGUACUAGACCAAGAGGAGAGUCUGUGGAGACAAAAAGCACGUACAAAAUGGAUACUGGAAGGGGAUCGAAACACUGCAUUCUAUCAUGCCUCAACAAUAACAAAAAGAAGAGCAAACAAAAUCGAAACCUUAAAACGUGAAGAUGGCAGUUGGAGUACUGAUCAAGAGGAACUUAGAGAAAUGGCAAUCCAAUUUUAUACCAAACUAUUUUCAAGCAGUGGGGAUCCUAAAUACAAUUAUGAAAUAAGAGGCAAGUUCCAAAAAAUAGAAGAGCAUGAAAAAGAAAGCCUUACACGAGAAGUAACCAAUGAGAAAAUCAAGGAAGCUAUUUUUGGAAUAGGACCACUUAAGGCACUUGGAAUAGAUGGAAUCCAUGCGUUAUUUUAUCAGAAAAAUUGGAGCUUAGUUGGGAAUUCAGUUUCCAUGAUGAUCCGAUGA